GAGGUAGUGAAGAGGGGGCGGCGGCCCGGGGCCAGCGGCCGCGGGAGAGGCGGCGGAGGGGACCGCCGGGCGCUCGGGGAAGCCAACGGAGUGUGGAAGUACGACCUGACCCGUGAGUACCAGCCCCGGCCCGCGGCCACUCUGUCGUCGGGACCCGCGUCUCUCUGGGGCAGUAGCGGGCAGCUACCGGAGCUCAGAGGCUCGAAACACCGCCAGGCUCUGGGCGAAGCGAGCGCUCGCCUGGGCCAGCGCUGCCUGCUCACUGAGCGCUCCCUGUCGGGGUCUCCUUUGAGCCUCACGGGAGGUGGACAGCUCAACGGGAGGUGGUGGUCCUCACCUCCCGGGUGAGGAAACAGGUGCGGUGAAGUUGAGGGCUCACCCGGAAUCAUAUGUCAGAAGGGCCUCAGAUCCGGGUUUUCAGCCCCUCUGUUCCCUGCACACAAACCCUACCAGCUGUUCGGGGCCCCAGGCUGGCCUCUGGGCAGGUGUCCCAGAACUGGGAAGGGGCAUCCCCGUCCUUUACAAGGUGCCCCCUCUUUAAGCAGCCAGCAGGGAUGGGCGCGUGAGGGGGGGAGGGCACCGUUGAAGGGAGACCCAGCAGAGGGAGAAAUGGCCUGCCACUCACUUUCAGCACCCAGCAAGUAGUAUUCUAAGUGGCACCUGUUUUCUCAGUCUCCUGGAGAAGUGGAGAAAGCUUGCCACUAGUUGAUUGUAGAGUUGUCACGUUUGAACACACAAGAGGAAUUGGGGUAGAACCAGGAUGGAAGAAUCCUGACUUGUGAGACUAGUAGCCAUUCCUGAAAGAAGCCAGUCCUUUGUGUUUGAUCCCUCUGCUCUUUCCCGUGUACUCUGAUAUGCCUAGUAAAGAAAUGCCCCAUCUCUGUGAAAAAGCCCCUGAACUCAAGAAGGGUGAUAGCUGCAAGAACCAACCACAAGGGCUCCCUGCCCUGCUUGCUCCAAUCCAGACAACGAGCACCCUUUAUGAGCUGGGCUUUGAGAGAAUCAAGAAACGGCAGAAUAAGGAGCAGGUCCCACCCCCUGCUGUGGAGCCUAAGAAAACAGGAAACAAGAAGCAACCUAAGAAGGUGGCGACCCUCCCCAACCAGAACCAGAGGCAGGGCCGUUUCCGCAGUCUAGAGGAGGCACUGAAAGCUCUGGAUGUGACAGCUCUGCAGAAAGAACUGGACAAGAGCCAGAGUGUGUUCUCUGGGAACCCAUCUGUGUGGUUGAAGGACCUGGCCAGCUAUCUCAACUACAAGCUACAAGCUCCUCUGAGUGAACCUACAUUAAGCCAGCAUCCUCACGAUUAUCCCUACAGCCUGGUGAACCAAGAGCUGCGCGGGAUCAUCCGAGGGCUCCUGGCAAAGGCAGCAGGGUCUCUGGAGCUCUUUUUUGACCACUGUCUGUUCACCAUGCUGCAAGAGCUGGAUAAGACACCAGGGGAGUCACUGCAUGGAUACCGCAUCUGUAUCCAGGCCAUUCUGCAAGACAAACCCAGGAUUGCUACCACAAACCUUAGCAAGUUCCUGGAACUGCUGAGGUCCCACCAGAGCCGACCAGCAAAGUGUCUGACCAUCAUGUGGGCCCUGGGCCAAGUGGGUUUUGCCAACCUCACCGAGGGACUGAAAGUGUGGCUGGGGAUCAUGCUCCCUGUGCUGGGCAUCAAGUCUCUGUCCCCCUUUGCCAUUGCGUACCUGGACCGGCUACUCCUGAUGCACCCCAACCUCACCAAGGGCUUUGGCAUGAUUGGCCCCAAGGACUUCUUUCCACUUCUGGACUUUGCUUAUAUGCCCAACAACUCCCUGACACCCAGCCCACAGGAGCAGCUGUGUCAGCUCUACCCCCGACUGAAGGUGCUGGCGUUUGGAGCGAAGCCAGAAUCCACCCUGCAUACCUACUUCCCCUCUUUCCUGUCCAGAGCCACCCCCAGCUGCCCCCCAGAGAUGAAGAAAGAGCUCCUGAGCAGCCUCACUGAGUGCCUGACUGUGGACCCCCUGAGUGCCAGCGUCUGGAGGCAGCUUUACCCCAAGCACUUGUCACAGUCCAGCCUGUUGCUGGAGCACUUGCUCACAUCCCGGGAACAGAUUUCCAAGAAGGUGUGGAAGACUUUGCAAGAAACCUUUCAGUCCUUCAGGCUUACCAACCAGGAGCUGCUCAGGAAGGGCCGCGGUAACAACCAGGCCGUCAUCACCUGCGAUGCUGCCUGCAAGAGUCUGUUGCAGCAGGCGCUGGGCUGUCGGUUGCCCUGGACACGGCUACUCUUGUUGGUGCUGGUGUUUGCCACAGGUUUCCUGUGCCACGACUUGCGAUCACACAGCUCUCUCCAGGCCUCUUUCUCUGGCCGGUUCCUUCGAUCAUCUGGCCUCUUACCUGCUGGCCAACAAGUAUGCACCAAGCUCUACUCCUACAGCCUGCAUGGCUACAGCUGGCUAGAGGAGACAUUGCCGGCCUGGGGCUCCCUCCUGCUUACUGUGGUGAGGCCCAGCUUGCAGGUUGCCUGGAGCCACACCAAUGCCACAGUCAGCUUCCUUUCUGCCCACUGUGCCUCUCACCUUGCCUGGUUCAGUGACAGCCUCGGCAGCCUCUCCCAGAGGCUACAGACCCAGCUCCCUGAUGUCCUGAACCAGCUGCUCCAUUCUCUGAGGGAGCUGCUGCUCCUUUUCUACCAGAACAUUCUGCUGCCAUCGUGGCACAUGCUGCUUGAGGCCCUGGCCCGGGCCCAGGAGCACUGCCACAAGGCGUGCAGAGGUGAGGUGACCUGGGACUGUGUGAAGACACAGCUCGGCGAGGCUGCCUGCUGGACCUGGCUCUGCCUGCAGGACAUCACAGUGGCCUUCUUGGACUGGGCACUCACCAUGCUAUCUCAGCAAUAGGCCCUGCCCCUGGCCAGGUGUUUCUGUCUCAAGCAGGCCAUUUGAUUCUGCUGGGCAUGGGUUGCCACGUAUAUGGCAGCUCUGUCUGGGAGGAUCUUUUUUACUUGGUGCCUGAGUUCAAUCUGUCUGCUAGGGAAGUAGCCAGAUGCCUCUGCCCCAAUUCUUUCAUCUUUGGUGGGGACUAAACCCAGGGGCAUCUCAGCCUCCUACCCAGGAUUCCACUGAACCCUUCUCGGCUCUCUUGCACACAGCGCCCAGCCUCUGUCCUUGGGCUGGUAGCCUCUCCUGUCUCCUCUCAUCUCCUACUCUCUGCUUCCCUCCAUCUCAACUCCUAAAGCCCCAAACUGCUCAUCUCCAAGAAGCUGGACUCCAAGAGAAUGGCUUCUGAAUUCUUCUGGUGAAUGAUUUCUGCUCCAGACUUCAGUAGGCUCCUGUUCCCUUUCUGGUCACAGCUGUAGUCACAGAGGAAAAAGGAAAAGGACCUCCAGAAGAUCCCAGAAGAAUAUAGUACGACAGUGGGCAACAGCUGCUUCACCCCUCCCCACAGCCUGGUUGUGGCUGUCAGUGGACACGCAGGGCUGGGCAGAAAUGCCCUCACAUCAGAAUGCCCAAAGUCUACCCUUCUGGCCCUCACCGGCCCCUCCAUUGUGAUCCUUCCUCAAUUCUCCAGUCCCCUUCAGUGCUGGGGGCCCUGCCUAAAGUUUCAUCUCGUCCCCGAGCCCACCCUCACCACCCUUCUGGAGAGCAGAGCCCAGGUAGUUGUGGGCCUUGGAAGAGAGAACCGUCCAGCAGCCUGUCGAGACAGGGUUUGGCGUAUGGCUCCUGGGUGUUGCCAGGUGGAAUAAAGGACACGGAUCUGACCUGUAGCUUUCUCUCUCAUCCUCGUGUAGGGAGUCUCACAGCUGUGGGACAGAACAACAGAAUGUUGGGACCCUGCCCCCCUGGGUUGUAGCCACUGGUUGUAACUGAGCUGCUGACAGGGAGAGCCCAAAUCCAUCAUUCUAGAGUUUGGCCUGUUGGGAAUUCCAGGCACAUGUCCCCUUGUGCUCCCCUAAUCAUAUUGUCUCUCUUGUUCUUGUGGUUCAUGUCCCAUUAUUUGUCUUGAUAGCUCAAGUAUUUUAUCCUUGAAAAAAAGCAGGAGGGUAUUUCCUAGGGGAAUUCUUGGCCAGUAUCAGUGGGGAAUCCUUUUUCUUGCCAGGCCCUUAACUUAUUAAUUGGUUUAUUUUAUAAGGGAGUGAGUGAAAUAUUUAGAACUCCAAGAGACAGACAUGGAAAGGUUGUCGUCAAAGUCCCUUUUUAAUUUUCAACUUGAGACUACAAGUCGGAUAAAAGCUGUACAGUUUUUUCA